GCUAUCGCAAUGUGUUGGAGGCUCUCUGGAGGAUUAUAAGAACCGAGGGCCUGUGGAGGCCCAUGCGGGGGCUGAAUGUCACAGCAACAGGCGCAGGGCCUGCCCAUGCCCUCUAUUUUGCCUGCUACGAAAAAUUAAAAAAGACAUUGAGUGAUGUAAUCCAUCCUGGGGGCAAUAGCCAUAUUGCCAAUGGUAUUGAGCCUUCCUGUGCUGGUUCCCCCAUUUUCCCAACUCUUUGGGCUUUGCUGCUAUCAAUGCUUUCCAGUCUCAGCAUGGUUUGGAGCUGAAGCUUUGGGCUGGGGUAGGCCAGAUUAUAGGGAGGGACUUCCAAACCUGAUGUUCUCAGACAACCGGCCGCUUCAACCCCACCCCUCCUUUGGGGCACCUCAACAAAGGGUUACAAUAUCCUCCCUUACCUACCAGCUUGACUCUUUCCUCUCAUCAUCUCCCUGGCAUCAACUGCUAAUGCCCUGGUAAUGUGGAGACACACACUGAACUACCCCGUUGUAUAUUCUUGAUAGUCGGGUGGUGUCCUGCUCCUCAGCAGGAUCGGAGGUGACCCAGCCACCCAAGGAAGACACUAAUGGAGCCCCAGCUCUUCGCCUCACCUUUUCAGGAUCCCAACUGACUAGUGGCAGUUUUUGUCAUUGAGGACAUGACAAGACCUCAACAAGUGAAUGGGGGUGGGGCCAAGGGACUUCUGUAUGGAGAAACCAGAGGGUUGAAGUUAUGGAAGUAAGGGAAUCUCCAGUAGCAGCCUGGAGAUUGAGGAUCGCCCAAAAACCAAAAUGAGUGUAGAGAACAGAGGGUGAGGAAUAUGGUAGUUCGGGACUUGAAGAAAGGUAGAUGGACAGAUGUUAAGAUUUGGAGGCAGGUUGGGCUGCAUAGGGGCAUCGGGAUAGAAGGUGCGGCCGGGUGUGUAGCUACAUUACUUCAUGAUGCAGCCAUGAAUCCAGCUGAAGUGGUCAAGCAAAGGAUGCAGAUGUACAACUCACCUUACCACCGGGUGACAGACUGUGUACGGGCAGUGUGGCAAAAUGAAGGGGCCGGAGCCUUUUACCGCAGCUACACCACCCAGCUGACCAUGAACGUUCCCUUCCAAGCCAUUCACUUCAUGACCUAUGAAUUCCUGCAGGAGCACUUUAACCCCCAGAGACGGUACAAUCCCAGCUCCCAUGUUGUCUCCGGAGCCUGUGCAGGAGCUGUAGCUGCCGCUGUCACAACCCCACUGGACGUUUGCAAAACACUGCUCAACACCCAGGAAUCCCUGGCUUUGAACUCAAACUUCACAGGACAUAUUACAGGCAUGGCUAGUGCCUUCAGGACGGUAUAUCAAGUAGGUGGUGUGACCGCCUACUUCCGAGGGGUGCAAGCGAGAGUAAUUUACCAGAUUCCCUCCACAGCCAUCGCAUGGUCUGUGUAUGAGUUCUUCAAAUACCUGAUCACUAAACGGCAAGAAGAGUGGAGGGCAGGCAAGUGAAGUAGCACUGAAUGAAGUUGGGGGUUCAGACAACACUGCUGUGCUCUACUCACUCCAGCCGCAUUCUCUGUCUCCUGGCAUGCUCCAGCCUUGAGUGGAGUUGGAAGGAAAGUAGAAGGCUCUCCCCAGGCUGUUGGUGUUUUGGCUAACACCAGUUACUGCCAACCUCCGAUGCGCCACCUUUCCUUCCAGGCCCUAAGCAAGUGCAACAAAGCACACCACAGCACGUGGACAACCUCUCCAUCCUGGGCCUGAUGACCUGCUCUCGACUGUUAGAGAGGGAUAAGCAGCUCAAUCCCCUGGUUCCUAAUAAAAAACGUUUAAGUUAAA